CUCACCCUCAAUUCAAUCACUUCUCUACCCAACAUCUCAUAUAGCCCGCCCUCUCCUCUCCCACUAUACUUUAUCUGGCAAAUCUCUUACACACAACCCCCACGCCAUCAUUCAACCAUCGACGCACACCACAACCCACAAGAUGUCAUACUACCCUGACUUCUGGUCAUCCUUCGACUCCUGGUUCCCAGGCUUCAAUUUCUCGGACUUCUUCGACUCCUCCUACCCCCCCUUCGUCACAGCAGGAUAUCCCUCUCCUUACCCCCCGUCUUAUCCUCCAUCCUACCCUCCGUCUUACCCUCCCUCCCAAACCCCCUCCUAUCCCCCCUCCAACCCCCCACAAGGAGGCUACAACGAUGGCUGGGACGGACCACCAGGCACUAGCGGUGGUAGUGGCGGAGGAGAUAGAGGAGGCGACAGCAUAGGAGACUACGGCGGCCUCCCCCCCUUCCAACAAGACCAACCCCAAGGCGACCAAAGCACCGGUCGCGGGAACUACAUCCAAUUCUACCCCGACCACGAUCCCGACCUAAUCAACACCUCCCAGCUCGACGGACUCCCCUUCCUCAUCCGCCGCUCCUCUACUGGAAAGGGGAAAGAUGUCCGGGGGAAACAGAAACUGGACAUUUCGAAACUUCCUUGGUCUCGCAGAAUCGAGGCUAUGGCCCUGCAUGCGAAGGCAGCCGGUGGGAAACGGACCACCGGCACCGCAAGAGGAAGGUGCACUAGGGCGCGUGGAGGGGGUGGUGCCGCGACUGCGAGACCGCCGCGGACGCCGGCACAGGAAGCUAUUGCCAAAGCGGCGAUGAACAGGGCCCCCAUCCCCAUGCGCUCCCCUUCUAUGUCAAGUUUUGCGUCUAGCACUAAACCCGCUGCUCUUGGUACUGCAACACGCGUCCGCACCGGUGUUGCGGCACGUGGCUUCGACGCUGCCGCAGGGAGCAGCCACACCCUCGGCAGCAGUGCCCCAUCCCGUGGAUUCGACGCCGGAAGGGCAAGCAGGAGCGCAGCAGCCGACGCAGCAGCUCGCCGCGAUGCAGCUACGAAGGGUGAGCAAGAGCGUAAAAAACGAGCUCUAAAGGAGGAAGAAGCGCGAAAGGCAUGGGAGAAGAAGAAUAAGAACCUUAUUGCGAAGGAAAAGGCAGAGAGAGAGAAGAGAGAGAAGAGAGAGAAGGAGCGUGAGGAAAGAGAGCGGUUAGAGAGGGGAAGAGAGGCUAGGGAACGGAGGGCGAGGAGGGAGGACAAGGAUAAAGCUGCGUUUGCUAGGGAGAAGGCGGCCGAGGCGGCAAGGAAGAGGGAUGAGGGGAGUAAGGACGCGCAGCUACGGAGAGGGGAGCACUUAAGGAGGGAUGAGGAGAGGAGGGAAAGGGAGAAGAGAGAACGUGAUAGGGAGAGGAGGGAGAAGGCGAUUAGGGAGAGGGAGGAGUUGGAGAGGGCAGCAGAGGAGAAGUUGGCUAGGGACAGGGAAGCAAGGGAUAGGAGGGAGCGAGACGACAGGGUGAAGGCUGAGAAAGCUAGACGAGCGGCUGCGGAGGUGGCGAAGAAGAGAGAUGAGGGUUCGAAGGGGAGGCAGGGGAAGGAGGGAGAGAGACAGAGAGAGGAGGCGGCAAGAUGGGAGAGGGAGAAGGCUGAUCGAGUUCGGGAAGCACGUCAAAGGGCUAUAGAGGAGAAGGCUAGAAUGGAGAGGGAGGGGGCGGAAAAGCUAGUGAAGGAUAGGAAAGCGAGAGAAAGGAGGGAAAGCGAGGCGAGGGACAAAACUAGGGGCGUUAGGAGCGCGGCAGCUGAGGCGGCAGAGAGGAGAAGGGAGACGGAGAAGGUGCGGGAGGAAGAGGCGAAGGCGAAGAAGGAUACUAAGAUGAAGGCUAGCACAGCGAAAUCUUCCGCAAAACCACCUGCUACUACACAGAAGCAACCUGCCAAACCAGCUCUUAAAUCCGCACCUGCCUCUGCACCUUCCAAAACACCAAACGUCACUUUCGCCGAGUCUAAACCAGCUGCGAAACCAGCACCCGUCAAACCAACACCUCUAAAACAGCCCGAGCCUGAACCCGAACCCGUGCAACCCCUCAAUCCUCGCGAAGCAGUCGCAGCAGCAGCUCGUCGACGCGAAGAGGCAGCGCGAAAGCAACAAGCCGAGGAAGAAAGAGAGGCGGCUGCAAAAGCUGCAAAAGCCGCCAAAACAGCGAAACCCGCAGCAAAGCCUGCUCCAAAAACCACAGCUGCGGCGUCCAAACCCGCUCCCUCGAAAUCUGCACCUGCGUCCAAACCAGCACCUCCGAAGCAAGAGCCUCGAAGGCGAAACCUGAUAAACAUCCGAACUCCGAGCCUUUAA